GAGAGCCCCAAAAGCGGUCUCUCUCUAAAUUUUGCUUCUCUCUUCUCUCAAGUUUUCUCCUAAACAAACGAUGAAGAUCUUCGUCAAGACUCUCAAGGGGACCAACUUCGAGAUCGAAGUGAAUCCGGCUGAUACGAUCUCUGAUACUAAGAGAAGAAUAGAAACUCAUCAAGGUGCGCAAUACCCGGCGGCUCAGCAGAUGCUAAUCCACCAAGGAAAAGUUCUCAAGGAUGAGACUACAUUGGAAGAGAACAACGUUGUCGAGAACAGUUUCAUUGUCAUCAUGUUGUCUAAGGCCAAGGUUUCUUCAAGCGGGGCAUCAACUGCCUCUGCGCCUGCACCAGCACCUCAGGCUCAGCCUGCACAGACAGUAGCUACACCACAGGUGGCUGCUCCAACUGUCUCAGUUCCAGAGCCUACAAGUGUAGCUGCAACCGUUGCAGCACCUAGUGCUGCUGCUGCUUCGACGCAAACAGAUGUGUAUGGUCAAGCAGCGUCAAACCUUGUUGCUGGGAAUACUCUGGAGUCCACUGUCCAGCAAAUUCUUGACAUGGGUGGAGGUAGUUGGGACCGUGACACUGUUGUCCGAGCCCUGAGAGCCGCCUUUAACAACCCUGAAAGGGCUGUUGAAUAUCUCUACUCUGGAAUCCCUUCUCAAGCUGAAAUCCCGCCAGCCCCUCAAGCCCCAGCUACUGGUGGACAGGCAGCAAAUCCUCUAGCACAAGAAGCUGCUCCAGUUUCUGCAACUGGUGGUCCAAACGCAAAUCCAUUAGACCUGUUCCCUCAGGGCAUGCCCGCAGCAGACGCUGGUGCUGGAGCUGGUAAUCUUGAUUUCCUGCGUAACAGUCAACAGUUCCAAGCCCUGCGAGCUAUGGUACAAGCGAACCCACAAAUUUUACAGCCUAUGCUUCAGGAGCUCGGUAAACAAAACCCGCAGCUUGUGCGUCUAAUUCAAGAGCACCAGGCCGACUUCCUACGCUUGAUAAAUGAACCGGUCGAGGGAGAAGAGAACGCCAUGGAACAGUUGGAAGCAGCCAUGCCACAAGCUGUUACCGUCACACCUGAAGAGCGUGAAGCCAUUGAACGGCUGGAAGCGAUGGGGUUUGAUCGUGCGAUGGUCUUGGAGGUGUUCUUUGCGUGCAACAAGAAUGAAGAACUUGCAGCUAACUAUCUUCUAGAUCACAUGCACGAGUUUGAAGAACAAUAGUGGAAGAAGAAACAGAUCAAUUCCAUUCCUCCUCCCUCAUAAACUCAGAGACCCAUCUUUCUGUUUUUCUUUUCUCAUUUACUUUUAUAUGAUAUGUUUCUCGUCUUCUCCAGUGCAGUUGACAAGUUUCAUGUUUAUGCUACAUUUUAAAAAAACUUAUCAUAGCUUUUCUGGUUUGAAAAUGUUCUUCU